AUGCCUCCCCGCAAGCGCGCACGACGCAGCGGGGUGGAAGAGCCCACCCCAACUUCAACCCCACCGCCAUCCCAACCGCCGGGCACGCAGCGCAUCCGAACAGUCCCUGCUCCAGGACGAAACAGGUAUCGCACACGACACCGGCGCGAUGUACGUGGUCCAGAGCUGGCUGAGCUCGAGGGUGGGCGCGCCGACCUCGUUCCCCCCUCCGACGAUGAAGAGUAUGACGAGUGGCGUGCAGUUCGUGCAGUCGAGCGCGCGGAACAAGCUCGAGCCGAGGCUGAGGCUACAUCUGAUGUAGAAGAGCUGUUCACGAUGCCGGGUUCCCCGCGCCGAAGGGACCACCUUCCCUCGCAGUCGCCGCCUGUACCCGCUAUGGAGCCGGAGGCGCCCGUCCCGCCCCAUCCUCCACCGGACUCCGAGCUGGCAGACGAGACGAAGCUUUCACGACUCACUGGGCCGUCUCUCCCGCGACGAUCAUCACUACCGCCUACAUCACCUGUUCGAGCGCCGAGGCACCAACAGGAAGGCCUGGCCGUAACGUCUCCGGGAGGACCCGUCGCAGCGUCUUGGUCACCAAACGGACCCCUCGUGGAGGUCAACGUCGAGGAGAGCCAACUGCCUGCUGUCGAGGUCGCAGUCCCAGCAGACGGGGGAAUGGGAUCACCUAUGGACGCCGAGGAGAGCCAGAUCCCGGUUGAGGCGGUGGCCGCAAGCCCAUCUCCAGCACAUCUGGGACUGGGAUCGCUCAUGAGUGUCGAGGAGAGCCAGCUCCCCAUCCCUCAUGAGAUGCGCGAGGAGGAGGCGUGGGGAAUGGAUCUCGAUGUCGUCGAGGACGCGCCGAUGCCAAUUGACCUUGAAUACAGAUCGCGGUCGCCAACCCCAUCGUUCGCAGCGUCUGUGCCUCCUCAACCUGUGAUGGAUCUCGAGGUCUUCAACUACCCUCCUGCCACGAUCGAACUGGAUCCGGGAUCGCAGUCAGGUAGAGAAUCACUGGCACGCUCAGUGGCCCCUCAACCUUCCCCAGCCCUGCGACCCCCACCGUCCUCGCCAGAUGCCGUCGACCUCCUUGCAGCCAAUCGUGCUUCACAGUCCGCUCCAGUGAGGCCACCGCCGUCGCAAACUCGCGACAGUCACAUGGCCGUUGCGAGUGUCGCCGACACACCUCAACCCUUCAUCGACCCCGCUCUGCUCCAAUUCCGUUUCGUGAGGACGUUUCGCACCCGCACUGCCUUGCAACUCCAGCCGUACACUAAGGAGAAGCAGCAGUACGAGAAUGCGCUCCGCAAGGGCGGCCUCGCCAAGGGUCGCCGCGCAGUGGCUCCUUCAGCCGAGAUUCGCGCGGCGAACGAGCCCGACAAGACCCAGACUCAGGAUGACGACUCAUCUUCCUACAGUGAAGCCACGCCUCCUGAUGCCAUCGUGAUUGGAGGUACGCAAGAUCAGGCGCAGCCACGACGGCUCGAGCCCAAGCCAUUGGUCGAUGCCGACUACGACGAAUACUUCCUCGAGUUCGGCGAGGUCGUCGAGGAGGAGGACGAGGUUUGUCAGAAGCGGCUCCAGGUCAUCGCACGUAAGCGCCUAAGGGUGGCGAAGGAGGCACGUAGGAAAGAACGUGCCGCGGAGCGGACUCGCCGUGGCUUCGAAGCCUUGAUGAAGGAGACCGAGAAAGAGAGGGAAGCAGAGCGGAAAAAAGAGGCAGAGAAGAGGAAGGCUGAGCGAGAGAAGGCCGCGCAGAGGGUUACUGCAGAGAAGCAGAGGAAGGCAGCCGCUAACCAGGAGCGCGAGCGCGAGAGCAAUGCGCGACGAGGUGGUACUACCCAAAGCGUCAGCAAGAGGACUUCGAUGUUGGCCGUCACCGCGAGAGAGAAGAGCGUGCCCAAGGUGCCUCGCUCCAGCACAGUCCGGCGAGACCGAGGUGGAUCGGUAGGUGGGAAGGCAGGUGCAUCGCUAAUGUCCGAGACUUCUGUCAACCACACGCCAGGAGUGCCGGGCCGACCAGUCACUUACAGUCGCCGUCAGCAACGGCCUGUAGUGGAGCUGUCGGACUCUCCGUUAUCGUCGCCGCCGCCGUCACCUUCCCCCUCCCAGCGACAAGUCCCCCUACUGCCGAGCGACAUUCGUCCACGGGUUUGCACGCCGGCACUCACCUCACCGCUUGACCGCGCACGUCCUCCAACUGUGUCUUCCGGCAUGGUGCAGGUGGACAUAAUGGACCUCGGAGGCGGCCUGGAUGACUUUGGAGACGGGAUCGACGACAUUGGUGGCAAUAACUACGGCGACUUUAUCGGCAGCGCUGAUGGCAAACCAGCCACUCCCCGUCGUUUGUCAAGCCCUCCAGUUGUCCCGACCUCGCGGUCUACUCGUCGCCGUCGCAUUGUCUCGAGCUCGAGCCACUCGUCGGACGGGGACGCCAGUGAUUCUUCGCAACUACAGUUCGACAAGCGCCGCCGCAUUGCGGAGCGGAUGUUGCCACGGGCGAUGCUGAAGCGUCUGGAACAAGAGGCUACCCAGCAGAAACGUCGGAAGGACGACAGGCGUCGUCGCGCCGCCCGCGUAGACGACUCUCCGGUUCGCCCUGGGCACGCGGUCGUGCGGCGGCGUGGUGGUGGUGCCCUUGAUGACAUGGGUGACCUCUUCAACGACGAAUUGGAGUCUGACGAAGGAGGUGGCAUGAUUGGCUCCCAAGCUGAGGAGGGUAACGAGUCGGAGGCUUCGCCUGACGAGGACUUGGGCCGUCAACUUAUCCUCACUCUACAGAGCGACAGUGACGGCUCAGAGGCAAUAGAGGAUAAUGGCCGACCAGCGGCGCUGGCUCGUCUUCAGCGCGGCGACUUCGAGGCCAUCGUGCACGGCAGGCGGUCUAUGGAGCCACGCGAACGCCGACCAGCACGAGGCGAGCUUCGCAACCACCGUCCCGCGCUGCGCAUAACGAAACAUCCCGCGAAGCACCGGCAGGACACAGACGGCCUAAGCGCGCCCACCCGACGCGUCCUCGAUGAGUCGCAGUUGUACCAAACAAGACUGGACUUUUCUGUGGAAGGGAAGACUCCCGGUAAUCGUCACAAGGCGAAGUCAGAUGGCAGCAAGAGCAAGAGCAAGCACCACAGGGGUGACCGUACUAGUGGCGGCAGCUCUCGUGGUGGAAGGGGAGCAGUGCGCCCAGCCAUCCGCCUCGACGACAGCGUCAUCUUUGCCACAGGUGAUUUCGCAUUCUCGAGCGACUCAGAAGACAUCGAGGUCAUGGGCGAGACUCUUGCACCACGGGCCCCGCUGCGAGGGCCCCUCGCUCAGAUGACUGUGAAGGCCGGUCGUCUUUACGCACGGACCACAUCCUCACCAACUCCAGCACCCUUGCAACAGCGUCGCCCGGCCGCGGAACGGCAGCUGGAUGAAGGAGUGGGCAAGGCUCGGUCCUGGGCGAACUUCGAUCGGUUCCCGAUCGACUUCGAGAUCACACCACUUCCGAUGGGCGUGUACUGCUGCGGAGAGAGCAUCCCAGGUAGCGGGCGGCUUGGGAGGUUUCUUGGCCAGCUUGACGGCGAGUUUCUGGACGAACCGAGGUCCAUUUCAGCGUACGGCGUGUCACUGCACUCGGAGAUGGCGUCGGACGAGGCGCUCGAAGUCCUGCCAAUCGUCAUCGACGGCAUGGUGAGCUCGAUCCACAGCUUCAUCGAUGUGAGUUCGGCAGCGAGCGCCAUUCCCGAUCUCGUGCCGCUGCGGUUCUUCCGUGACUAUCUCGCACGAGCCGACAGCGAAAAGCGCGAGAAUUUGUUUCUGCCGUUCAAUAACCUGGGCCAGCGGCUCAACGACAUUUUCUUGGACAGCCGCCGCGUCCACCGGCAUCUCGUACUCCAUCUCCUUGAGGUUCGCUACGCGCUGCUCGAGAUUGUGGCGAUUGCGGGCGACCGUGAGAGCGUCUUCACAGCUGCAACGCGCCUGAUCAGCCUGCUUUUGGUGUACGGCUUCGACCGCACGGUUCGUCCGCUUCGACGCAUACUGAGUGGCCAGGCCGACACGCCCGAGGUCUCAGAUGUCACCGUGGCGCUAUGGGUGUCGCUCCUCCACAUCCUUGCAGCGUACGAUAAGCAGCACCCGCCGCCCACUAGCAACGCAGACGACACCUUCUCCAUUGCCCUGGCUGACGCACUGGACCGACGGUACAGCGGCGAGGUUGGGCCGCUGGCGGCUGAGCGCAUUUGGUUUCUUGUCUUUGGCCUCUGCGCGAUCUCCCAGUUCGGCCUGGACGGCACAGUCGUCGCUGACUAUACGCCAUUCCCGCGGUGGGCACUGGUCAAGCGUGCUCUAGGACACAUUAAGAUCACGCAUAGCCAGGAAGUCGAGGAGGCGGCACAUCUCGGCCAGCUCCAAGGUCGCGACAGGUACAUUAAGACAGUUGUGGCGCGCUGCCUCCGACUGUCGUCGACGUGGCGGUGGUACUUUGACUCGCGGAGCUUCUCCGUCGCCACGCGCGACCUCGGCAUGAUCUUCAAAGCGCGGCAGCACCGCAACCUGCCGACAGAGGCGCCAGUCGACUUUCCCCGCUUCAUCGCGGAUUUUGACAUCUCGUUGACCGCUGCAGACGACACCCGGAGAGCCUCAGCCUUCGAGCUGUGGCUCCGCCUGGCGUGCGUGGCUGCGUCGGAUCUUAUCGGGGCAGCGGAGGAACUGAGCGCUGCCCACCGUGCCGAGAGAGACGUCCAGCGCCUCAUCAUGUCCAUCUUCCCUCUCUCCGCGGUGCCGUUCACGCGCACGAAUCUGCCAACCCCAAAACAACUCGGCGCUCUCGUGAACCGGUACUCGACAAUGGUGGUCGCGUGCUAUUUCUCUCCGUCUCUCCUGCCGUGGCUGCUGGCCAACUCGCGCAAGUGGCUCGCCUUUGACACCGCCGACUUUGAAUCGCGGCAAAUCUGCAUCCGCGGGCUCAUGUACCUCGGCGUUGCGUGUCGCCAUCAUUCCCAUCCGCUCGAUACCGUGGCGGAACUCGAACAGCUCGGCCGUUCCACCAAGCUGCCCGGCUUCCCCACGGGCGUCGAGAUCGAGCGCACCAUGGUGCUCGUUGUGUCGUGUUUCCGUCAGAUCAUCCUUCACCCCGGCUACACGCAGCGCGUAGAGCCCGUCUACCCCGACCCUGUCCUACUUCAUGAGUCCUGGACCGCGCGCAUCUUCCAGCUCGACCUCGUCAAAGACGUCAAGUCAGGGUUAGAGAUUGUUGCGACCAUCCAAGCCUUCCUGGACCAGCGUGGGAAAGCGCUGCCCAAGCGUGCGCGUGUUGCGCGUUCGUCGCGCCAACAAGAAAGCGUCGACGACUACCCUAGCCUCGGGUUCGACUUUGACGCCAUAGACCUCGCCGCAUUGGGCGGUGACGAGGCGCCAGAAGACCCGAUCGAGCGACAGGACGCGGCCUUUGCGGACACCAUCGUUACUGUCAUCUGCCCUCGGAUCUAUCGCUUGUUGUCGGAUAUGCUGCCGGCGUCCGAGUCUGAAGAACCAGCCAAAGAGAAAGGUGCCGAGCGCCUCGUCUUCAUCAACCGCCUCACGCAGUGCUGGAGCGACUGUGCGGCGAUCGCGGUCGUCGAGCACCAGCGUCUCGGCUGGGACGUGUACCUGGCGCGGUACGGGCAGCAGUCAUGGUCGCGCAUCGGCAACGAGCUGGGCCGCAUCCGCGUCGGCCUGCAGUUCAUGACGAACGUGGCGCACACCGAUCCUGGGGCUUUCAGAACGCACGAAGACGAGUUCAUCCUGCUGCUCUUUCAAGGCAUCGUCACUGACCGCCUGACAAUCGAGCACAAGUACACGUCUGCGUUCUUCGCCCUGCCGGGUGCAAUGGACCACAUGCUCUUCGAGGGCGUACGUGCCGUCGGUGUAGAGGACCUCUCGCGGAGCGCGUUUAUGGAGAAGCGCAUUGCCAUUCUGGAGGUCGUGUUCCGCAACAUUCCCGGCCUCCUGAGCUCGCACCUCACCCCGGCGGGGAUGAAGGCGCUCAUCUGGCAGUGCAUCAACGUGCUCGUCGCCAGCAUCGUGAUGUACGAAGCUGCGAUUGACGCGCACAGGGUGCUGCAUCGACAGGGAUACAGGGUGUUCGCAAUGGAGGUGGUGUGCGCGCUGCGGCGGUAUGCUAGGGGGCACAUAAACGAGAACGCUGUGCCGGGGCUAAAGACGUUGACGUGGGCGUAG